AUGCAUCUCAGACUCCUGACGGCGGCGGUGGUGGUGGCCGUCGUCGCCGCUUACCCGAGUCUUUGGGAACUGGACGCUUUUGACGAUGACCUUGUGGAUUUCGAGGUCGCCGACAGGGAGAGGAGGAAUUCGAAGCCUCGAGGGAAACCGGUGAACAGUUCAAGUUCGAGUGAGAGCAGCAGUGAGAGCAGUAGUGAGAGUAGCAGUGAGAGCAGCAGUGAGAGCGAGGAGGACACGCCAUUGAUUAGAUCGGUGAGGAGUCCACACCCCGCGGAGGAAACGAAGACCGAGGAGACGACGGAGGAGGAGAAGAAGGAGGGAGAGACGAAGGAAGAGGAGAAGAGAGAGUCGAAGGAAGAGGAGAAGAAGGAGGAAGAGGAGAAAAAGGAAGAGGAGAAGAAGGAGGAAGAGAAGAAGAAGGAAGAGGAGAAAAAGGAAGAGGAGACGAAAGAAGAGGAGACGAAGGAAGGAGAUUCGGAGGAAGAGAAGAAGGAAGAUCAGCUGGAAGACGAGAAGAAGCCAGGGAACACGACAGAAGAAGCCAUCACGGAGGGAAACGAAACGACCACCAUGAACCCAUCGUCAGGAAACUCCAGGAGGGAAAUCACGACAGCGAAGCCCUCCGAAGAUACGACCACGACACCGGAACCCUCUGAAGAUACCAAUACCACGACCACGGAGCCAAGUAGACCCAAGAGAGAUGCCACGACGCCGAGUCCCUCUGACAUCAGCACGACCACCGAAGCCAAAUAUAAGAAAUUUACAUAA